AUGGAUCUCUCUUAAUACAAUCUAGUAAAAUGAUAAUGAAUAUUUAUAGGUUGAUGAAAAUUCAGAUUAUAUUAUUCUUCAACAUAAUUCAAACAGCUUAUUAUAUGUUUAUAAAGAAUAUGAAAUACCAAAAUUUAUUGGGAAAAAACAAAUACUUCCUAACUCAUAAUUAAUAGAGAUUUUAGAAAACAGAAGAUAAUUGGAUUCUUCAAAUUUAAUAUAACUUACUGAUUAUGUCAUAACAUCGAGAUUAUGCUUAUUAUAUGAAUAAUAUAUCAAAAAUUUUGAAGAAGAAUUAUCAAAGCGUAGAAAUACAAAUUAAUAUUGGUCUGAAGAAGAACUUUAUAAUACAUUUUAAGCAUGUCUUUCAUCUAUGAAAUCAUUUCAUGAUGUAAAAUAUAAUUUUUAGAAUAGUUUGGAUUAUCUCAUACUUGUAUAAGUCCAAAUUCAAUAGUUUUUAGUUAGGAUUCUCAAGUAAUAUUAGCUGAUCAUUUUGUUGUAACACAAUAAUUCAAAAGAAACUAUUCUCAUAUUCCAAAUAAUGAGGAAUAUGGUUAUUGGUCACCUGAAAUAAUUAAUGAAUUUUAAGGAUGGAAUUAGAAAUAUGAAACAAUUGAAGCAGAUAUUUGGGCAUUAGGAAUUGUAUUUUUAGAAGCUAUGACUUUAAAAUCUGGUUACGAUUUUUAUUUUAUAGAUGAUAAAAAUAAAUUAUAUAUUGACUAUCAAUUAAUCUAAGAUAAUUUUGAGGUAGUCAAAGAAUUUUAUUCUUAAGAAUUAAUCACUUUAGUGUAAAUCAUGUUAACUAUAGAUCCAUAAUAAAGGACUUGGGAAAACAUAAUUGAAUAAAAUAUAAGAAUAUAAGAUAUGUAAUAAUAGUAGAUGCAUCCUCAAAUACAACCAAUACCUGAGGAAAGUGAGGAAGAGAGUAUAGUUUAAGAGAAUAUAGGUUGUGAUAAAAAUAAAUUAUUAAAUAUGUUGGAGAGUUGUUUAAUUAAAUCUAAAUAAUUAAUUAAAGAGAAUGAAUCCAGAAAAUCUAAAAGAAAUAGUUAAGAGAAGAUAAUUAGUAGUUAAUCUACUCCUCCAAAAGAAAAGGAGGAUGUUCAUUCAAGUUUAUUAAUGUUAUUAAAAGGAAAAUAUUCAAGGAAAAAUUCUAUUGAUUCUAGUGGAUCAAUACUUAAGGAUAUUCCUUAGAAUAAAUAAAAGUAAAGACGAAAAUCUUGUUAAGAUAUUUUUGAAAAAAUAGUUUUACAUAAUCCAAUUGUAUAGAAUGAAAAUAUUAUGGAUCCUAAUGAUUUAUCUAAUUUGAUGAAAAUCUAUAAGACAUAUAGAGGUGAAGGAAAAAAUAAAAUGAUGCAUGGUAAAGGACAUUUAGUAUUUUAAAAUGGUGCUGUUUUAUAAGGGUAAAUAUAAUUUGAUUUAAUUUAAUAGAUGUUUUAAAGAUGGGAAAAUAAAUGGAUAUGGAAUAUUACUUAUAAAUGGCUAAUUAAUGGUUGGACAUUGGGAGAAUAAUAUUUUAAUUUAAAUUAUGUGA